AUGUCACCCCACCCCCGUCAAAAGCAGAGGAAACAUUUUCAAGCUGAUAACAGCUUGGAGAUUGCUACAGGUCAGGCUCUGGUUGAACUUAAUGAAAGUUUAUCUGGUGUAAGGGAAUGUCUGGUGCCUUCCUUGCUUCCCAAAGAUGUAGUUGGAUUGGUAUGCCAGGUGGAGAACUACUUGUGCAAAGGCCACAAAGCACUGGAAGAACUCAAAGAUGACGAAGUCAUACGGAAGCGUCUCCUAAUUGAUGGAGAUGGCGCUGGAGAUGAUCGGAGAAUUAAUCUGCUAGUGAAAAGUUUCAUUAAAUGGUGCAACUCUGGAUCCCAGGAAGAGGGAUACAGCCAGUACCAACGUAUGCUGAGCACACUGUCCCAAUGUGAAUUUUCAAUGGGCAAAACUUUGCUGGUAUAUGAUAUGAAUCUCAGAGAAAUGGAAAAUUAUGAAAAAAUUUACAAAGAAAUAGAAGGUAGCAUUGCUGGAGCACAUGAAAAAAUUGCUGAGUGCAAAAAGCAAAUUCUUCAAGCAAAACGAAUACGAAAAAAUCGCCAAGAAUAUGAUGCAUUGGCAAAAGUGAUCCAGCGUCAUCCAGACAGGCAUGAGACAUUAAAGGAACUAGAGGCUCUGGGAAAAGAAUUAGAGCAUCUUUCACAUAUUAAAGAAAGUGCUGAAGAUAAGCUAGAAUUGAGAAGGAAACAGUUUCACGUUCUUCUUAGUACCAUCCAUGAACUUCAGCAAACACUGGAAAAUGCUGAGAAGCUCUCAGAAGUAGCAGAAGCUCAAGAAACAAGCAUGGAAACCGAUCCUAAACCAUAGACCAGCUAAUCACUCACCAUUCCCAAGAAUAUUGAAGUAGCAACAUGAUCUUAGUGUGUUCAGAAUUUGUUGUGCUCUUGAGACAUUUAAAGUUUUGGCAGUGAACUACGUUGCUUUUAAAUUUUAAUGCACAGUUCAUUCAUAUUUCUUUACACAAAGGGAGAUGACUUCAUUAUAUAUUUGUUUUUAUUGAAAUGCCUUUUUUAUACUUAAAAGAUAGGAAGCAACAUCCAAAAAUGUUUAAUGAAAUGUUUUCAAGCCAGAUGUGUUAGUGCUCAUUGGUAUUCUAGGUAGUUUUUAACUGGUAACAUUGAUUUGCUCACAAAAUAAGUGGAAGAUAGUGAGAAGGUGGCAUUUCUAGGAUGUACCUGAGAAAAUUAGUCAAUUUCUGGAAAUCGUUACCACUUUUGAAAAUGAAGUCCAUGAAUAGGCUCUCAGGAGGGCUGUGAACUUGUGAAAUUAUGUACAAAAUGUUUGUGGUGUAUGCUUAUUGCGGGAGAGGUUCCAUGAUAUUAAGAACACUGAUAUCAGAGGUAAUUACAAGAUGCAAAGUAAAUCAAUAU